AUGUAAAAUUAUAUUAUAUUUAAAUUCACAUAAUUUAGUGUUCUUGUUACUUGGGACAUUAAUGUUUAUUAACCAAAUCAUAAAUUAUUGUAUAGUUAACUUUUUAAUUAGAACUCCUCCUCAUAUUUUUACAAUUGGAUUUCAGAAAUUAGUCUGAUUAAAUACUCUAGUAGUUAUAGGUAGAUAAAAUAGAGAUUUUGGAAAUAGAUUCUAUAUAAUGGUCUUAAUAAUAAAGCUAAGUAUGUACUGGUAGGUUUAUAAGUGAUGGUUGAAACUUUCAUUUUAAUUUUCGUUUAAGAUGAAGAAAAAUUACAUUUUUUAAAUGUUAAAACUGAAAUUGUCAAAUAUGGAUUUGGGAAAUAGUGA